CUAACCAAUGUUUCUGUUUUUGUUUGUUCCACUUUGAUCUUCAUUGUAGGACUGAGUUGAGAUUUAUAGAGAAACUUGUGAAAGUUACUGAAAAUAAAGUAAACCGUUCAAUCCUCAGUGUUGCUCCUUACCUAAUUGGUAUGAAUUUUCGGGUUAACAAUAUUUGCUUGUGGUUGCAACAUAAAUCAGAUAAUGUUGGUAUUUGGGGCAUUUGUGGUAUGGGUGGUAUAGGGAAGACAACAAUUGCCAAAUAUGCAUUUAACUCUAACUUUGAAAGUUUUGAAAGAAGCAGCUUCCUCUACAAUGUUAGAGAUUUUUCUGAGUCUACCGAUGGACUAUUGUAUCUGCAGAAACAAUUUCUUUCUGAUAUUCUUGAUGGGAGGAAGAUUGACAUUCAGAGUGUUGAAGAUGGAAUCAAUCAGAUCAAAAGUGCUGUUUAUGGUAAGAGGGUUUUCGUUGUGCUGGAUGAUGUUGAUGAAGUGGACCAAUUAGUUGCUAUCAUAGGAAUGCGAGAUUGCUUUUAUUCAGGUAGUAAAAUAGUAGUGACAACUCGGCACAUAGAGUUACUAAGGGCUUGUAAAAUUGAAUUGAUUGAUCAUGUUCAGAAACUGAACAUAGGCGAAUCAGUUGAACUAUUUAGUUGGCAUGCAUUCGGACAAGACCAUCCAGUUGAGAAUUACACCAAGUUCUUGAGAAGGAUUAUAGAAUACUGUAUUGGAUGUCCUCUAGCUUUACAAGUUUUGGGUUCUUCUCUCUCUGGUAAAAGUUUAGAUGUAUGGGAAAGUACACUGAAGAAACUAGAGGUAAUUCCUAAUAGUCAAUUAUCCAAGAAACUGCAAAUUAGUUUUGAGUUUAUACAAGAUGAUCAUGACAAAAGCCUAUUCCUUGACAUUGCCUGUUUCUUUCUUGGAAAGAAUGUAGACCAUAUUGUCACUAUACUUGAUGCAUGUGGAUAUUAUUCAAUGGUUGGGAUUCAGAAUCUCCAAGAUAGAUUCUUGUUGAUAAUUGAUGAAUAUGGAAAACUGAGGAUGCAUCCAUUAGUUAGAGAUAUGGGACGAGAAAUUAUACGCCAAGAAUCACCUAAGCAUCCCGAAAGACGGAGUAGAUUGUGGCAUUUCAAGGACUCAUUUAAAGUUCUGAGAGAAAAAAAUGGUUCAGAUAUGAUUCAAGGCCUGAACCUUAGGUCUUGUGCACACAAAGAUAAGCCACCAAGAUUCUUCUAUCAUCCAACAGCAAAAGAGUACUUGCAGGAAUGUGCCUACUUAAUAGGGAAAACAAGGCUGUCACGCCAAAAUGAUCAAUCAAGUCAACCACAGCCUCGUAAAGUUCUCCUUUAUGGUUCCUCAAUAGAAUCAAAUGGCAAAUCAAAGAAGGUGGACAGCGUCAACACUGAUGCAUUUUCUGGUAUGCACAAAUUAAAACUGCUGCAACUUGACAAUAUAGCGGUUAAAGGAAAUUACAAGGAGUUCCCAAGGUCAUUGAGGUGGUUGUGUUGGCACAAAUUUCCAUAUAAAUGUUUACCUGAUGGCUUACCUUUGGAGAAACUGGUGGUCCUGGAAAUGCGCUACAGUAGGUUGCAUCAUCUUUUUAAAAGAAACAAGCUUCUCAGUGCAUUAAAGAUUCUGAAUCUGAGUCAUUCAGAAGGUCUGUCCUACACCCCUGACUUUUCAAAGCUCCCAAAUCUUGAGAGGAUAAUUCUCAAGUACUGCACUAGGUUGACUCAGAUUGAUAAAUCGAUUGGGGGACUAAAGAGACUCCUCAUUCUGAACCUAAGAGGCUGCCAAAGUCUACGGAAGCUUCCCAGAUGUAUUAGUAAUCUUCAUUCCCUCGAGAAGCUUAUUCUGUAUGGUUGCUCAAAAUUUGUAUGGUCUUCAUUAGAGCUGGGUAAGAUGCAUUCAUUGCUAGAGCUUGAUGCCGGUGGAACUGCUAACCAUCAAGUUUCCACUUCUGUAAGUACGAAGCAUUUACUGAGUUUAGCUCUGUGCACUUCAGUCUCAAGCCCGAGAAAAUCUCCUGGAAUUGUUAACCUGUUAACUACAGUAUCUCAGACAUUAGUAACCUUAAGUCUUAUUGGAUGUGAUCUAUCUAGUGAUUUGAUUCCAGUGGAGCUUGGUGAUUUCUCCACACUGCAGAACUUGUUUUUAAGUAAGAAUCCAAUUCAUAGCUUACCAGAUAGCAUCAAGGGGCUUACCAGUCUCCAGGUACUUGAGUUAGAUAACUGCGAAGAACUUAAAUAUCUUCCAGAGAUCCCAGCCAGUGUGACAACCUUGAGUAUACAUGGAUGCAGAUCACUCGAGCGGUUAUCAAAUUUACCAAACAUAUUGACAACAUUGGAUUUUCUUGCAUUACGUUGCAACAAACUAAUUGAGGUUCAGGAAAUGUUCCAGCUAAAAUGCAUUUCUUUAUUUGAUGAUGACUUAAUCAGCGUUCUGGGUUUACCCAACUUGACGUUCUUGAGUGACACUAAGGCGGAUCUCUACAACAACCUGACUCUUUCAAGGUGGAAAGGUCCUAUACAGGGCCUCUAUGAAUUUGGCAUAUUCAGUACUUCUGUCCAUGGAAGUGAGGUUCCAGACUGGUUAAGCUACAAUGCUAAAGGGUCGUCCUCAAUCAGUUUUGAUGUGCCUAAUCAUGACAUUCAGGGUUUAAACUUAUAUGUUAUCUAUGGAAAUGCCAGCAUAUCUUAUUGUACAAGGAGAAAUAAAUUUUGGAAUGAGUUUCAUGUUAGAGUGGCAAAUAUGACCAAGGAUCUGAGAUGGACAUACAGUCCAAUCAUUCAUGGUGUUCCAGAUAUUGAUGAAGAUAUCAAAUGGCAAUGCUAUUGGGAAAUAGGAGAUCACUUGGAUCCUGGAGACUCUAUGAGCAUUUCAGUUACUCUAUAUUCUGGUGUUCGGUUGAAGGAAUUUGGCGUCCACAUUGUGUAUAAGCAAAAUGAGAACAAUUUGAGAUGUAAAGCAUCAUCUCCUCCUGCACACCAUCUCAUUAAUGGGGUGGAUAACUCUGCAUAUCAGGUUCAAGGCUCCUACUUCCUCUGUCAUCAUGACUUUGAUAUUCAGCAAAAUUAUUUCACUUAUGGCUGGAAUUCAACGGGCUGGUAUGACUUCUUCUUUGGUGAUAAUUCUGAUCAAGAUAUUCCCGAGGAAUUAAAUGGUUCCCCGUCACAUUGCAGAUAUGACCAGCGAGAAUGUCUAUGGACUUGUAUCUAG